CAAAAUAUAUUUUACUAAAUUGAAUACUCUGUAAGCUUAACGAAAAUAACUUAAAUUAUUAUUAUUUAAAACAAUGGCUGAUGCUUCUUCAAAAUUGGAUCCCCCACUAUUUGUGCCCUGCGACUUGGAGCAGUUUCGUGAUCCCAACAAACAUAUCGCCUAUGCCGCCGCUUGUGAACAGGAUGAGAAGCUAGAUGCGCAGGAUGAGAUUAGUGUGUCCAGCAUUAUAUCAGCGCUGCUGCGUCCCAUUGAGCCGUCCGAUGAUCAGUACAAGACCUGCGAAUGGGGCAUCGAUCCCAAGAAGUUUCUGAAAGUCAAGGACGCAGUCAUAUUCAAGGAGCAACUGUUCAUCUCCAAGCUGCGCAACACCAACUGCAAGCUCAGCGAGGAUAUUAAGAUCUUCUUUGAGCGCGAGCUGCAGCAGAUUGGCAAGUUCUGUCUCAAUGUGGAGGAGGCAUAUGAUGGCUAUGUGGUCUACAGCAGCAGCAAGAUGAAGAAGAACAAAGGCAUCACCGAGUGCGGGCAUCAGCUGAAGGGCAAAUACGACGACAAGUUCCAGUUGAUCUGCGAGAAGCGCUCCGAGUUCGAUCGCAUUGAUCACGCCCAGGUGGAGAAGACACUGGAGGUGAGAAAUCAUGCGGAUCUUCAUCUCACCGCUAUCCGAGAGACGCGCAUCAAUGAGGAGUCACAAAAGUUCAAGGCCGUCAUCGAUAUCAAAGAUCGCGAUCACAUCUUUGUGCUCGAUGGGGGCAUAAUGCUGCUUAUGCGUCAUCUGGUGUGCAACAAUUUCGUGGGCAACUUCGAGUACUACACCAUGAAUUUAUAUGGACGCGUUCUGCGCUGUAAUCUGGUCGUGCGCAAGGAGCGCAAGCUCAUCAGAGUCUUCUAUCGCACCUACAAGCACACUGUGCACAUUGUCACCCAGCAGUGCUUCAACGACGAGCUGCAGGAUGUGGCCGAGACCUUCAUGGCGCCCACCGGCCGCAUUGUGCUGCACUUUUGGCGUGGCUACAACUAUCUGAUGCAUGCAGCUUGUAUUCCACGCAAGCCCAAGGAGGCCAUCAUCCCCAAGCUGGAGCUGAUGUGGCGCCAGAACGUGGUGCUAACCAGAAAGUUCAAAGAGCUCAAGGCUCUGAACUAUGAGAACUCAACCGAGUAUCUGGAGCAUCAUUCAGAGCUGGCAGACUUUAUGCAGGACUAUGUGCUGAAUAUUCUACGCUACAAGCCCACCAAUGUGCUUGAAUUCUCAAUUAUGUUCUUCCAAAAUAUGGCCACUAAGUAGGCGGAUAAAAUUGUAAAUGCUGGUGCUUAAAAAAAUUCAAAAAUUAUUGUAAAAUUGUUUAAACUAUGCAAAAUGUUCUCUUAAGUAGUCAAUAAAGCGUAAAGAA